AUGCAGAUUAGUUUCCGAGCAUCGCGCAUCGAGCGUAACACCGUCAACAUGUCUACUUCCGCAAUCCCCAGUCAACCCAAAAACGAGGAAGACCACAACCGCCUCCUCACUCAGGGCGCAGAGCCGCUCCGUCCGUUCUUCCGUAAACUUUUCGCACAAUCAGAAUCAGCCGAAAAAUUCGACCCGGAGUCAGCGGUUAUUCCACCAUCACUCGAGGUUUCUCGCACCGUUCGUCUCUUGGACAUUGUCAGACGCGAUUGGGAGUUCCAAGAAGAUUUCGACUCGGAAGAAGAGGAAGAAUGGGAAUACCGUCGCAAGCAAUGGCUCAAAAGACUCGCCAACACUCUCGCAGAAGUGAUGGUUGCUCACAACUUCAUGGAAGUCCCCGACUCUAGGGGCAGCAGCGCAGGUACAGAUCGCGAGGACGAGGCAGAGUACUGGGAAAUUGAGGAGCUAGAUGCGGAGCAACUCAGCAAGUGCCUGAUGAAAGAACCCAGACGUUCUCUUCCCUGGAUCGAAUAUCUGGCUUUCGGCAUGCAUGGGCGGACCUUCACAGGCUCUGACUUUCAAAAGCCUUGUGAUCUCGCUAGUAUGGCGGAAACAUUCGCAAGAUAUGUGCGGAAAUGCAAGGAGGGGGAUGAGAAACAACGCAAAGGACUGAAGGCUCUGAUGAAAAUUUUGGCGAAUGAUAUACAAGAGUGCGAAUCGAUUGAGGCUUGGUUGUUAAACAGUCUCAUGCUGUUCUUGGGGGCGGCGGAAGUUCUUCGGUUGCAAGAGAAACCGGCGAGACAUGCGGCUAAGUCUGUAGCUGUAUUUCUGAGGAACUACGUAGCGACGGUGCUGCUGGUGGAGUCAGUUUUUGAGGGAGAUGGAAAGGCGAAGACGGGAGAUGAGGGUAAUGAUGUUGUUUUCUAA